AUAUCUAAAUUACAGGAUUAUAAAGUGGAGUUAGCUAGUAAACAAAUCACAAUAGAUUUUGUCAACCAGUCCAUCUUACAACCACAAAAAGAAGAAGAACAGACAGAAAAAGUUGCCUUUGCUGAGAAACUUGGAGACUUGAACAACCAGUGGCAGAUCGUGUCUAGUAAUGUAAACAAACGUUUAGAUUUCCUUGAACAACUUCAAGCUCAAUGGGGAAGAUUUGAACAUAAUUUUACUGCAAUAGAGAAAUGGUUUGUGGAACAGAACAGAAAAUUAAAUGUUUAUUUGGAAUCUGGAAGAGAAGUUGGUGCUUUGGAAACUAGAACUGACAUUAAGGCUAUCAGACAAGCAUUAAGUUUUAAAGAAGGAGAAAUCAGUAAAUUUAAAGAUCAAGGUGACAGAUUGAUGGAACUAUGUCAUGAUUCACCAGGCAUACAACGUAGUGUCCAAUCUCAUGUUGGUACUAUUAAUCAGGAACUGGUUAAUCUAGAAAAGAGACUAGUAGAUCUGGACAAUAUGGUAGAAAGUAGAACUGGAAUAUGGAGUAGAUACCAGUCAGAACUACAAGCUAUACAUACACUACUAUCUGAAACUGAAUACUGUCUCAAUAACUAUCAGCUAAUAGGAGGUGAUGUAGCUACUCUUAGAAAUCAAGUGGACAAAUUAAAGACAAGAGAAAGUGAACUUUUACACAAUAAACCACAAUUAGACGCCUUCCUAUCACUAAGUAAAGAACACUGUAAGAAUUGUGAAGCUAAUGUUAAGAAAGAUUUAAAGAAAACUGCUAAAGAUAUUCAAGAUAGGUGGCAGAAGUUAAGCAGUGAGGUUCGCGACAGACGUAUGAUUUUUGAAGCCAGACUAAAACAAUGGCAGAAAUAUGAUGAUCAGUAUAUUAAGUUACGUAACAUGUUGGAUGAAAAAGAACGAGAAGUUAGCCAUUUAAAAUCUACACAAGACGAGUCGAGUCCUAUCUAUUUAGAAAGAUGCAAGAACUUUCAAUUGGAGCUAGAUGACAUCCAAGUGAAGCUUGCUGACCUCUAUCAGCUAAGUGAUGACCUCACCAAACACAUGGACCAAUCAACAAUCUCAGUAUUGUCAUCCAGACAGACGCUACUUGAUCAAAGAUUGAUAAGAUUACGUCAACAACUCUCACAUCAUAUUGAAUCUCUUUCUGAAGAUACAUCACAACUCAACAACUUCCAUGAUGCAUAUGAUGUCAUCAAAACCUUCCUGUCUCAUGCUGAAUCAAUAUUAGCAGCAGAAGAUCCUCAGAAGUCGGCAGACAGUUUCAGACUGGAGAGCAGACUUGAUCAGUUGAAAGUUCUUCAGAUGCAAUUCAAUGACCACAUGAUCGACCUGGACACUGUCAACAACCUUGGUUACAGACUGGCACUGAAACCGUUUGAUGCAAGCCGUAUGCAAGAGCUUAACCAUAAAUGGUACCGUCUGCUCUCAGAGACCAGUAUGAGGUGUAAGAUGUUACAAGGAAAUGUUGUGGUUCAUCAAGAUUUUACAGCUAAAUGUGAAAGUUGGAUGAGUUUCCUAGCACAAACUGAACAAGAUUUAUCUUUGGAGUCUGCUGGAAAUUUAGCUGAUCUUAUUGAACAACAGAUAAACUGUGAGAAAUUCAAUGCUGAGAAAUACAGUCGUGAACAAGUAUUACAUGGAAUAUUGAGCGAUGGUCAACAGUUAUUGAGAACUGGAGAAGUUGAUGAUGCUGAACAGUUCCAACAGAAACUACAUCUUCUGGCAGAACAGUGGCAGACAGUAGUUCGUCGUGCCAACAGACGUAAAGAUAUCAUUGAUAAUCAUAUCACCCAAUGGCAGAUGUUCAAUGAUUUGAGUGAGAAGUUAAGAAAUUGGUUGAGUGAUAAAGAUCACAGUUUACAAAGAAUAGACUAUCAUAAUAUUACAAUGUUACAAGUUAAAAAUCAACUUCAGGAUAUUAAUACGACAAAAGAACACUUCAAAUUAAAAGAAAAUGAGUUUAAGAAAGUUAAUAAUAUGGGUAAUAUACUAUUAGAACAAGCUGAUCUGACAGCCUGUAAGGAGAUCAAGGUUUGUCUGGCCCAAUUAGAACAUAGCUGGUACCAGGUCUACAGUCAACUAGAAGAACAUCGUGUAAGACUGGAAGAUCUCUUCAAACAAUGGCAUGAUUGUGAGGAAGACAUAGAUGAAAUUUUGGCCUGGUUGAAAGAGCCUAGAGCUAUUCUUGAAAGAGAUGUGCCUGACAAUUAUGAUGAUAUUCAAAGAGAAAUAAAUAGAUGCAAGGACAUCGAAGAUGUGUUCAUCAGAUCUGAAGACAAACGCCAGAGACUUCUAGCAAGAGAAGCAAAUCUAAGUACAUUUAUCCAAUCAGAAGACAUGAAUAUCCUUCAUCAACGAAUCAGAUUAAUGAAUAAACAGUGGGAGGAGCUAUCAAGACAGAUGUCAUUAAGAGUGACAAGAUUGGAUGACAAUACUGGAAAAUGGACAGCCUUCUCUGAGAGAGUAAGAUGGUUUAUUGAAUGGAUGAAUAAAAUGGAAGAGAAAUGUAUUGGUGGUAGAGAUAUACAUGUUGAAGAUCACAUCCAUAAACUAGACACAGAAAUUAAAGAAGAAAUGAGAGAGAAAGAAAAGAUAAAGAAUGAAUUAAUUGAAGAAGGAAAGAUAUUAAGUAAUAGUAGCAGUUAUAUUAGAGCUAGUGAUAUUAAUAGUAAAACAGAACGAGUAGAAAAUAAAUGGCAACAUCUUUGUCAAGUUGUCAACUUCAGAGAGAGAAAGUUACAAGAGACAUUACUAGCUGUUAAACAGUUGGAUAAUAGUACUAAAAAUUUAGAGAAAUGGCUAGGAAAUAUUGAGCUUGAAUUAAAUACACCUAUUAUAUAUCAGAGUUGUGAUAUAGGACAAAUACAGAAACAUCUAGAACAUCAUCAGGAUCUACAAAGAGAUAUAGAGAGACACAGUGCUGGUGUGGCCUCUGUAUUAAAUCUCUGUCAAGUCUUGUUACAUGAUACAGAUGCCUGUCCUACAGAGGUAGAGUUUAAUACUCUGCAGACGACAAUGGAGAGUUUAGAAAAAAGAUGGAGUAAUAUUUGUCAACAAUCCCCUGAGAAAAGAAUCAGGAUUGAAGAAACUUGGAAGAUAUGGGAGAAAUUUCGUCAAUCUACAGAUGAUUUCACUGAUUGGUUAGAUUUAGCUGAGUCUGAGAUCAGAAGACGUGAAGCUAAUCCAAUGUCAUUAACUAGUAGAGAAGAGAUUGAUAAAUAUGAGACAUUAGAAAAGAAUAUCAGAUCACAAAUCACCCAUUUAGAGAACAUCAACAAACAGUACCGUCAAAUGGCUAAGACAGGUUUGACUGAUACCAAGGGCAUGUUAAAAUCAUUGAUGACAGAUGUCAACUCACGAUGGGAUAGAUUGCAGCAGAAAUCAUCAGCUACUGCUAAAGAAUUACGACAGUCCACAGGGACUAAAGAUGAAUAUAAUACAUUGAGACUAAGAUUGGUGUCAUGGUUACGUGAAACUGAAUUACGAGUUACAGAUCUAGAACAUCUCUCAGAUCUUGAUGAGUCCACUAAAUUAGAAGAAAUUAAGCAACUUGAGAGUGAGAUAGAGAAUAGAAAGGGGGAUAAUUCAAGAUUAGAAGAUUUAGCAGCUCUGUUACGGCUGAAUGGAGAUAGUCAACAAGUGACAUUAAUACAAACUGAGUUAGAAGAAUAUAGAGAUUAUUACAGAGAUAUCAAUGAUAGAAUCAAAUCUUACAGAAAACAACUACAGCACAAUAUCAACAUGGAAACUGUUGAAUAUAUGACAACUGAGAGACACACUACACUUAUUCAACAGUCAGAACAAGGUACAAUAGAAUGGGAUACAACAGAGACUGAGGAGUAUUUGAGAAGCUCUCCACCAGAGAGUCCAAAAAGACGUAGAAUACCAGGUAGACGGACUCCCAAAUCAGCAAGGUCUCCAUCAAGAUGGGCUAAACAUAGUGAUAGUCCUAAUGCUUCAGAAGAAAGAAGACAAAAGACUGAGCAUAGAAGCAGAAACAGUAAAGUUGAAGCUCUGUUAGAAAAUCUAGCAGACACAAUAGAUGAUACAGCUAAUAAAUUAUCUGCUGCUGAACAAGAAUUACAGACUAGUCAGGCUCUAGGCCAAGUUGACAAAACUGAAAGAUUUAUUUAUUAUUUGGAUGAAUGUAAAGAAGGGAUGAAUAAAAUAAACACAUUAGAUAGAUUGAUAAAAACUGAAUCUGGUUUAAACACCAUAGCUAGUGCUGAUUCUCAUAUUAGAAUUUUAACCGAGAGAUGGGAAAGGUUACAAGAAGGCAAUGUCACGACACAAAUACAUCGUUCUGAACGUCCAGACCAUAUUCAAUUUAUAAAUGAUAUGGAUAGUAUGUUAGACUGGUUAGAAGAGACUGAAGCACUAUUAUCAUCAUUUCAACCAUUGCCUAGCAACAUGAUAGAGUUAGAGAGAGUUAUAAGACAAUUUAAGGAUUUGUUGGUUCAGUUAGAAUCCAAGAAAAUGCGAGUGACAUCAAUAAAUUUGAUCAGUAGGAACUAUAUUGAUGAUAAAACUCAGGAAGGGAGAGAACUCCGUGAUAAAUUACAUGUGAUGAACAGACGCUAUGAGAAUGUAUGUGCUCGUGUUAAUGACAUUCAACAAGAACUACAGUCAGCGUUAACAGAUAGUUCAGAAUUUCACCAUACAGUGCAUGAUUUACUAUUAUGGUUAGAAAACAUAGAAACUAGACUACAACGAUGUGAACCUAUUAAUGUUGAAGCUACUGAUGCUGUUUUGUGGGAAAAAUAUAAUUCAUUAAAGGAUAUCCAGGGUGACUUGGAAAAAAAACAAGACAAAGCCUUAACAUUAAAAGAGACAGCAGAUCAACUAUUGUUAAAUACAGACUCUACGGAAAUGGUCAACGCUAAAGACAAGACGUGUAUUAUAGUUAAUAGACUACGAGCUUUACUACGACUUUCAAAUUCUUAUAUCUCUAGUUUAGAAGGUAGAUUAGAUCUUAGUCGAAGACCUGGGGUAAGUAUUCUUUGCCUAUAUCUCUAUCUUGAUGAGUGUGACAGAGUAUUGUCAGGUUUAGGUAGUUCCAGAACAUCACGCCAAGGUUCACCUUAUUACCACCAAACACAUCCACCAGGAAAAUUUUGUAUUUAUUUCAGAUUAAGUAUCGUUUCACAUGAAGAAGACGCAAGUUUAAUUUGUGCCACUCCAUUUUGUUCCCGUGUCCUGCGAGCAGCUUUACCAUUCCAGUUAUUAAUGUUACUAUUACUAGGUUUGGCAUGUUUAGUACCACUAUGUGAAGAAGACUAUUCAUGUACUAUAUCUAAUAGUUUUAAUUUAAUGUUACGCUAUAUAAAUGGUUCUCCUCCAACAUAG